AAUACUCCUCACUGACUCUGCAGCAUUCUCAACUUGCACCAUGAAACUUCUUCUGCUUCUCACUGCCCUGGUGGCAGGCGUUCUAUCCAAGAAAACAUUCAUAGGAGAACAGGUGCUGCGGAUCAAGGCAAACAGCAAUGAGCAACUCAGUCUGCUGCAAGAUUUACAAUCUUUUACACAUCUGCAGCUUGAUUUCUGGACUGAACCUGCCAAAUCUGAUAUUCCAGUUGAUAUCCGAGUUCCCUUCACAAGUCUUCAGUUUGUGAAGGCCUAUCUAGAAUACAACAACUUUGAUUACUCUAUCAUGAUAGAAAACCUGCAGCAAGUGAUCAACACAGAGAAAGAAGAAUUGGAAAGCAAUGAAAGAAAAGAACGCAACUCUGGCUCUUUUGACUUUGGAGCUUAUCACACCUUGGAUACUAUAAACUAUGCCAUUGACCUAAUUAUAGCAGAUUACAGCUCAAUUGUCAGCAAACAACAGAUUGGUAACUCAUAUGAAGGGCGUCCCCUUAAUGUUCUUAAGUUCAGCACUGGAGCUAACCACCCUGGCGUUUGGAUAGAUGCUGGUAUUCAUUCACGUGAGUGGGUUACUCAAGCUACUGCCCUGUGGACCGCACGUAAGCUUGCUUCUGACUAUGGAAAGGACGCAUCUAUUACCUCUUUGUUGGAUAAUUAUGAUGUCUUCCUUAUGGUUGUCACCAAUCCUGAUGGAUAUGUCUACACUCACACAACAAACCGUAUGUGGCGCAAAACUCGUUCCAUCAAUAAAGGCAGUGCAUGUGAAGGUGCUGACCCCAACAGAAACUGGGAUGCAGGCUUUGGAGGGCCAGGAGCCGAUUCUAACCCCUGUUCUGAAACAUACCAUGGAUCUAGCGCAGAAUCAGAGGUGGAGGUAAAGUCUAUUGCCAACUUUAUUAGGAGUCAUGGCAAAAUCAAAGGAUUUAUAACCAUCCACAGCUACUCUCAGUUUCUGCUUUUCCCCUACGGAUACAAGCGCACCCUUCCUGCCGACUACGCUGAGCUGAACAAAGUUGGUAACGCUGCUGCUAGCGCAUUAACCUCUCUCUAUGGCACCCAGUACAAAGUUGGAACAAUCGUCUCCACUAUAUAUCAAGCCAGUGGAGGAAGUAUUGAUUGGAGCUAUGAUAUUGGAAUUAAGUAUUCAUUUGCCUUUGAGUUGAGAGAUCAAAGACGCUAUGGCUUCUUGCUUCCAGCUUCUCAGAUCCUACCAACUGCACAGGAGACCUAUCUGGCUCUUAAAAAGAUUCUGGAGCAUAUUCGUGAUAAUCCUUAUUAAACAAGGCACAGUUCUACAAGGUGCUUACACAAUUUUAUACUGGUGGCAUCCAUUCCUGAAGAAGUGAAGAUACAUUCAUGAAACAUGUAGAGUUUUAGGAUGCAAUCCAUGUUAUUAAUUUUGUUAUGUGGGAGAAUCUGAUUGGCCCAUCUAUAUCAAUAUAAUAUGUACCCUAAGCUGAUGUAUGCUGGAUAUAAUGAACCAGCUUGUUAUUU